AUGUCAACUGGAACACCCGUCAGAAACAGCCAGAGAAGCGUGCGUGCGUGUACGGCAUGUGCGCGGCGUAAGAUCCGGUGUUCCAAGACAAUACCCUGCACGGCAUGCAUACGACUCAACAGGGCCUCGUCUUGCCAAAGAGAGCAAGUUGUUGUCGUCACCCGAAGGAGAGGGCAUGGUGCAGAUACCACUGGAUUAGAAAAUAGCAUCAAUAGCCCCUUGCCCAGCCUGUCGGACUCUGACCAAGCCAGAGAUGUGCCCCCAGCGGAUCCUUAUUCCUCUUCUGAGGCCAUCGGCAACGACGCUGUUGCUGGAGUCGCUUCUACCAUCCCUUAUCCCGAACCAAGGGCUCAUAUUGAGGAGCAUGUCUUCUCUAAUCGCUCCAGUCAAGGACUCCAACAGACAUUGAACUCGCCCCAGGCAGCUGACAGUCGCCUAACCAGCGAUAGAGCGGCAGCAUUGGAGUUUCUUACUCAUGGCCGUCGGAACGUCAUCAACCAAUUUGCUGGCAGGCAAGAUACCGCGGAGUCACCAUUGUCACUCAAUUCAUGGGGGAAAAGCAACUUAGAAGAGCGAUGGGAUUUAUUCUUCACCGAACAAAAUUCUAGGACACUUCUGGCCCUUCAUCAGUCCCAUCUAUCCUGGAUGCACUGCGCAGUUCAUAUGCCCACAUUUCGGCACGAGUUUGAAGAAAACCUUGUGAGACGAGAAUGCAAUAGGUCUUGGCUGGCUUUGUAUUAUGCAAUCCUUUCUCAAACACUGUACCAUAUUGAUGAUCAAUACCUGUCUUCGCUGCCACAGCCGGUCAAUGCCAACGCAGAUGCAUCCUUUGUGCUUUUCAACAAGAGCAUCGAAGUGCUCUUCCGAGCCAACUUCAUGGAUGACCACAAUAUAUAUUCAGUCCAAGCAAUCUGUCUUCUCCUGCAAGUGGCGCAUCAUUUUGACAAGUCUGAUCUCAUUUGCAUCCUCAUCUCCACGGCGAUUCGAAUCGCCCAGUGCCUGGGCCUUCACCGGCUAGGCCCAGAUCGUGCCAUAUCCGAAGGAAGUACGGCCAAUAUUAACGAAACAGCCAACGUUGACCGGGAACUGAAGAAAGGAAUCUGGUGGUUUCUAGUGCGCUACGAUUGGUAUCAAAUACCGUUCCAGAACACUUGUCAGAUACACCCAGGUCAAUUCAGCACACCUAUGCCGACCAACCAGCCUGUACCUACGCAACAGCUAGCGAGCAAUGACACUCCGAAUAUGGACGAGGCCUAUGUUUCGACUAGUUGGGCCAACUACCUCAAUCACUUCUCGGUUCUAAUUUGGAAACACCACGAUCGCAUGUUCAAGGCUGGACAUCCGAGCAAUUGCCCAGAGAGUAUCCCCAAAUUAUACGAGGAGGUGAUACGGGCUGAUGAAGAACUAAAGGCUAGCUACGUGUCUCUUCCGCCUUCUUUGCGAGAGGUUGACACGUCACAAGAUUUUCCUACUGCUGAUGGACUUCCCAUUGGCUUGAUGCCAGGCCUUAUCCUUAUAUGCACUGCCCACAAAGUUCUCGGCGUACAUCGUCAUUUCCAGCUCUCCGGUUUCCGAGACCGGCGCUAUGCAUUUUCUCAGUUUUCAUGCGUGUCUAUUGCUGAGCGUAGUAUCGCGGCAAUUAUCGAUUGGCCAGACACUCUUCAAUCACGGAUUGCACGUAGGAUGUGGACUACAUUGACGCACGUCAUUAGUUGCUGCAUCUUUCUCGCCUUUGCCUUGCUGUUCAAGUCCGAGAACACCCUUAUGCACGACUGGAUCAAGGUCCGUCGCUAUCUGCAGCUUGGGAAAGAAAUCAUCAGCCACGAGGAGCAGAGAAGCUCUCUGGCCCGGCGAGGCGUCAGGCUGCUCGGCGCUAUAAUGGAACUAGAAGCCAGCUCGGAGUGUUCGGUGGACUUGGAGGCGGAAAUUGGGAACCUGAUACGUUGCGUGACGGUGGCGGACGAGAAUUACCUCAACAUGGAUGCUGCUGAUCCCCAUCAUGUUAUUUUCCCAUAUAGCCAGGACCUUUGGGAUAGUUUCAUUAAUGAUUCCAUGGCUAGUGACUUCUUUGGGGUUUAA